GCAGUGGCUUCAAGAGCCUUGGGACAGAGACUGCUGUCUGCCCUCUCCACUCACGCUGACCAGCCUAAGGACCUGUGACCCCAGCAUGAGGACCCUUGGCCUCCUCACUGCCCUUCUCCUGGUGGCCCUCCAGGCCCAGGCUUGGCCCCUGCAAGAAGAAGCUGAGGAAGCUUUAGAACAGGAGCAGCCUGGGCCACAGGAUGAGGGUUUGGACAUUUCUAUCACAGUGCAUGAAAACUUCGUCCUUCAAGAUCCAGUCCCAGCAAGGAGAAUGGCAUGCCAGUGCCGACCAUUCUGCUUUCCGGGGGAGAGAGGCGGUGGCCGCUGUCUCCGAAUCUUCACAUUAUGCUGCCGCUGAGACUGCGUGGUAGAGACGGCAGACACAGUCUGCUGGGAGAGCUGAAGGGCCCAGCUCACACUCCUACACCUGGUCCUCAAUUUGCUUUCCCAACCCCAAAUACAGUAUUUGUUGC